AUGAGGGCGCGGCCGCAGGUUUGCGAGGCGCUGCUCUUCGCCCUGGCGCUCCAGACCGGCGUGUGCUAUGGCAUCAAGUGGCUGGCCCUGUCCAAGACGCCGGCAGCCCUGGCUCUGAACCAGACGCAGCACUGCAAGCAGCUGGAGGGCCUGGUGUCUGCGCAGGUGCAGCUGUGCCGCAGCAACCUGGAGCUCAUGCACACCGUGGUGCACGCCGCCCGCGAGGUCAUGAAGGCCUGCCGCAGGGCCUUCUCGGACAUGCGCUGGAACUGCUCUUCCAUUGAGCUGGCCCCCAACUACCUGCUUGACCUGGAGAGAGGGACCCGGGAGUCCGCCUUCGUGUACGCGCUGUCAGCAGCCGCCAUCAGCCACGCCAUCGCCCGGGCCUGCACCUCCGGCGACCUGCCUGGCUGCUCCUGCGGCCCUGUCCCAGGUGAGCCACCCGGGCCCGGGAACCGCUGGGGAGGAUGUGCGGACAACCUCAGCUACGGGCUCCUCAUGGGGGCCAAGUUUUCCGAUGCUCCUAUGAAGGUGAAAAAAACAGGAUCCCAAGCCAAUAAACUGAUGCGUCUACACAACAGUGAAGUGGGGAGACAGGCUCUGCGCGCCUCUCUGGAGAUGAAGUGUAAGUGCCACGGGGUAUCUGGCUCUUGCUCCAUCCGCACCUGCUGGAAGGGGCUGCAGGAGCUUCGGGAUGUGGCCACUGACUUGAAGACCCGCUACCUGUCGGCCACCAAGGUAGUGCACAGACCCAUGGGCACCCGCAAGCACUUGGUGCCCAAGGACUUGGACAUUCGGCCUGUGAAGGACUCGGAGCUUGUCUAUCUGCAGAGCUCACCUGACUUCUGCAUGAAGAACGAGAAGGUGGGCUCCCACGGGACACAAGACAGGCAAUGCAACAAGACAUCCCAGGGCAGUGACAGCUGCGACCUCAUGUGCUGUGGACGCGGCUACAACCCCUACACAGACCGCGUGGUCGAGCGGUGCCAUUGCAAGUACCACUGGUGCUGCUAUGUCACCUGCCGCAGGUGUGAGCGUACGGUGGAGCGCUACGUCUGCAAGUGAGGCCUGCCCUGCGCCUCUGGGAGCUCCUGGGGACCCUCAAAGGCCUGCCGAGGUCCACCAAGGGGCCUGGAGACACCCCGUGGAUUUUUGCUUGUGAAUUCCAGAUGCCAGGCAUUGGAGGCAGUUUGUGCUUCCACUUGGAAGCCACCAGGAACAGAAGGAGGGCCGGGACAUCAAAGGAAACUGACAAGAUUAAAAAUAACCUGGCAGCCUGAGGCUCUGGAGUGCCCACUUGCUGCCUUCCAGUCUGGUCUAAGAAGCCAGAGGCAUGGGAUUGGCAAGACUGGUAUGGACUUGACCUUUCACAGCCAGAUCACCAGCCUCCUGGGAAGGAAGGAGGGUCUGCCUGCCCUCACAGAGUGUUCUGCAGGCCCAGCCCUUGAGACCCCCCAGGCCCUCAGGGUCGAGCCUGCUGGGCCCACCACAUGGAACCACUAGCUUGGGUUGUAAAUAUUUUGUUUUGUUUUUUCUUCCUCUGGGAUGUGGGAGCUACAGAAAUAUUUAUAAAACAUAGCUUUUCCUUUGGGGUGGCUUGCCUCAAUUCCUCUUUAUAUAUUUUAUAUAUAUAAAUAUAUAUAUAUAAUGAUCUAUAUUUUAAACAAGCUUUUUAAACAGCUGUAUGAAAUAAAUGCUGAGAGAACCCCA